AUGUUUUUGGAUACGUAUUACAGCAUUACACGUAAGCCGUUGGACCACCCUCUAGGGUAUAUGGUUGCCAUUUCUGGUGCUCUUAUGGAAGUGAUGUGCUAUGGUAUUGACAACGGGUUUUCUACCUUUUCUCGUGAUAUGGAAAAUGAUCCCAGUUUAGGAUCACCGAGUGAGAUUCGUUUGAGCUAUGGAAACUCUGUUGCCGUUGGAACUUCUCCUAUCUUUGGCGUGUUCGCUGGAUUAUUGGUAGACCGCUUGCCGCCGCGGCUGAUGAUGCUCGCUUCAACACUCUUUAUGUUCCUUGGCUUAUGGAUCGGAUCGGUUGCCAAUAACGUUGAAGGUGUGAUCUUUGGCUACUGUCUGAUGGCCUCAAUUUCCUGUGCCUUUAUGAUCACUCCCUCGGUCACUACAACUGGUACAUGGUUCCGAAGACGUCUGAGUAUUGCUCAGGGCCUUAACUCCUGCGGCGGGGGCAUUGGAAACUUCAUCAUCCAGCCUGUUACAGGCUACUUGGUGCAGCAUUAUGGCUGGCGCAGGGCCCUUCGUUACACGUCAUUUUUCUGUCUUAUUGGGGUUUUCGCAUCGAUCUUCUCCUGCAAGCGUGCUGAGCCAAACGAGGAUUCGAAAGAGGCGCAGAGUGAUGCCAUCGUCAAGGAAACGGGUGGCUUAGUGGUGACACAUAUGUCGAACAUUCAAGCGCAAUCGGGGACGGCAUCACAGAAUGAUUUGAUAAGGAAGAAUUCUUCUGGGUCGAUGCAAUUCAAUGACAAUCCCAUUAUCACAGAUGCGUCUUCAAAUAUACACGAGCACCAUACAGUGGGACGGUCCCUUGUGACUGAAGUUAACGAUGCGGACUCUCUUCCCGAUCACAAUGAUCUCAUGUAUGCUGUGAACACUAGAUCACUAUCUAUUGUUGAACUUAUUCGAGUAUUUUUGACAAAGGAAUUUCUCGCCAACUUUUUUAUGUACUUUUUUUUCGCAUGGACCUUUUUUGGCUUGCUUUGGAGUGUUUUCAGGUUUUAUGUCUCUAUGGGUGAAAAAGGAACACCUUAUGAAAACGCGACACCCAUAAGUUAUUCACAAGCUGCCUCACUUUUCACCUUUUGGGGUGCUUCCCAGGUCUUCAGCGCCAUUUCUACGGGAAUCAUCGCUAAUUUUACCUCAGAGCCUUUCAUAUACAUUUUGAGUUGUAUCGGAUGUGUCAUCAUGUGCCUAAUAACACCUUUUUUCCGAACGUACGCGCUCUUUGCUUUUAGCAUGUCUAUUUUGGGUUUCUGUACAGCUGGUAUCUUUACAAUGAUGCCAUGUUUUCUUGUGAAACAAUUUUACGGACCAAACUUGGGUUUGAUCAUUUCCAUCAUCUUUGUGGGUGGGUGCGUUGGGGGAUUUUUUUCUCCAGUCGUUCUGGCGCACAUUCAUACAUUCUUUAACAACUAUACACCGUGUUAUAUGUUUAUGGCUUUUUGCACGAUGAUAUCUGCCAUUUUGUGCUUUUCUUUAUUGUCGAAGAAUAAAAAAUGUGGAAUGCCUUUCUGCUCAAUGUGA